ACCUUAAGAACAAGUCGAUUCUCAGUCGUACCGUGACCUUUCCGGCGAUAUCUCGAUUUCGAAACGGUCCGCGAUCGACGGCGAUGUAUCACCGUCAUCUGACGCUCUAAAAAAAAAAAUAAAGAAAAAACCCAUCGAGAGGUGAAAAGCCAGGACGACAGCCGUGUGCAGUUUCGUGUGUGUGCAGCCCCGGGCCGGAAAAUCGUCAGGCAACAAUGAAAGUUUACUGGGUAUUGAACGUGGCACUUUUCUGUGCCUUCGGGACAAAGUUGUCGAGUUCAGAAAGGGCACAUAAGGUGCACAACAUCGUUUUGUACCCGGAAAAGUACUCGUGGUGCUCGAGGACACCAAUACAACAAAUCGUGGCAUCACCAGGCUACGAACCGGUGACCAUCGACAACAACGUGUGCGUGGGGGCUUGCUACAGCUACAGCAUCCCAAAAACCCAACCAGCAGAACCUGGUGAACUGAUCGGACCUUACUGCGACAGUUGCCAGCCAGCCAAAAUCAAAUGUUACCAUGUGAACCUCAAGGCGGACGAUCAAAACACUGAUGGACCAAGGACGAUGCAGAAACGGGUGCAAAUCAUCGUCGACUGCGCCUGCCUGACCUGCGACAAGGUGCGCAAGGACAACUGCGACAUCUCCGACGAAGACACCUUGGAGCUGCCCUCCAACUUGUUCCUGAACACCAACGCCACGAACAAGACGCAACCCCAAAAGGUGCCGGAGCUCCUAAAGAUGCAGAGCCACGUCUACGACGGCAACAAACCCCACCACCCCAACAAGAAGAAGCUUCUUGAGCUGCUGGUGGGCAGGAACGACAGCAGCGACGAAAGCGACAACGACAUUUUCGAGGACAUCUUAAAAAUGCACGACGACGACGAAGACGUCAUCAGACUUCCCGAUGACUCCUUGAAGAGGAACCACUACAACGUCGUUCCAGAGCCAGAAACGACCCAGACACCCAUAGAGUCGACCUCACAACACCACCACCACCACCACCAUCAUCACCACCACCUGGGUGACGUGCAGCUGGUGGGCGAAACCGUCGAGCACCACGUGAAGGGACCGCACGGAAGCAUGAUUCUGGCACCCGUUGAGAAGCUGCACAUCGACUCAGACGCCCUAAAGGCCAACGACGAGGGUCUGGUCAUCUCGUACGAGAACCACGACACGAAAAAAACUAACCAUGAUAUCAUAGUCAAUUAGAUUUAAUGUUUGUUGUAAACUGGAGUUUUCUUGCCGGCGAAAAUUCGUACAGGGUAUAUUUGAGGCAUAAUUUACAUUGGAAUUGUAUUUUUAGAAAACACGUUCGUGGAAAACUCGGAAUAUCUAGUCUUGAGAAACUAAAUUAAAUUUAGAUUAGUUUUAAUACAGAGCAUUGUUUAUCAAAUGAUGAUUCCGUACUUUAUACGUAAUUAAAUGUUAGGUUCUAUCGAGGAUUUCGCUAAAUAUUUCUUUUUAUUUACAUCAAACAAUCUAACACUUUUCUGUUUUAACCCAGGUGGUUUGCUGACGUCAAACCGUUAAGUUUUGUUGAUCAUACAGCUUACACAAAAUAAAAAGAGUACAAAAAUGUUAUACAAAUUAUAUAGUUUAUUAAUUUUAACAGUUAACAUCAACCAUUUUAAUGUUGACGUUUUAAAGCUCUCUGUAGUUUUACAAUUAGAAUCAACCAAGAAGGAACGAAGUCAAAAUUUCUUAGGCUGUGUGCGCAAUCGUGUUGCUUGAAAAAUGUGUCAAGAGUACAAUUUUUGAACCUGUCAUCUUUUUCGAGCAAAGUGAUUUUAGUCAAAAAUAAUAAUUCUUUUCUUUUUCUAUUUUAUAUAGUUUUUUAUAUAGUAUACUAAUGUUUUAACAAAUAUAAUAUAUACCCUUUUCUUAA